AUGGCGUCAUCGCCGCUGUCAAAGCUGCGGAACGUAACGUCUGCUACUGGUGAAAUACAUGCACCGCUGCCUCUUCAUCUUCUUCCGCCAUCACCCACUUCGGCGACUGCUGUGCUGUAUGAACGUGUUCGACUUACCCCCAGUGCGUUGCAGUCCAUUAUCGGCUACCUGCCAUGCAACGCCACCACUACUAUCGGCAGCACAUCCAACAACACCCGAAAUGGCGGUUCCUCACUCGGUGUUGGUGAUGCCGCAGCCGGCAGGUCAGUACGCUCACCGCUCAUAAUGGCCGAUGCGCUCUUUGCAAAGGCGACGCAGGCGCCAUCCACAUCCGCAGCGACCGCCGCCUCCACUGGAGUACCGCUGACGCCGCCGGUGCCGGUGGCCGUGACGCGACCACUCGCAUUCAUGGCGGCGUCUCCGCAGUCGCGGCGCGAACUCGAGAUGUACCUCACCGGUGGCUGCGCACUGCCACCGCUCGGUUCACUGGUUCUGCAAGUUCGGCCACAUCGACCGUCACCGGCCACCGCAGCGCGUCCGUCGCGAGUGGGUGUGCUGCAUGCGUCACGCCGUCGCGCGGCCUCCCCUGUGCAGGUCGAGGCUGCUCAUCAGCGCGAUGAGACGGUGCUAGCGGCGCCACUUGCACUACUCCUUGUAUCGUCUACGAACGUGAUGAUCACGUCGCUGCCCUUCCAGCCAUCGCUCUCGCCUUCGAUAUCGCCAAUCAAGCAACCGCAGGCACCAGCGAUGACGACUCUGGCGAGCUACUCUGUUUCACGCGCGCCGCCGCCGCCAAUGCUAUUGUUUAGGCCAUCAACUCCGCCACCACCAGCGAGAGCAGUGGGCUACGACGACGACGUUGGCCGUACGCCGAGCAGCUUUUCUGCAACGCCUCCACCGCAGCAGCAGUACCAACAGCUGUCCUCACGGUCUACGGUCCAUCAGAGUCGCCGAAUUCCAGUGGCUGCUGUAACGCCACCCACUAGCUUCUCUCCGCUUUCCCCGGUGCCAGUGGUGCGAAGACACACUAGCCCAGUCUCGGCCCCGCACUGCUUGCUGAACACUAUAUCGCCGACUUUGACGACGCAGGAGAUCUUCGAUAUGGCGGCGGCGGGGACCGAGAGCCAAGCCGUCUUCGCGUUAGGUACCAGAGGGGUCACCGCAGCGCGCAUCGGUUUUUCCACCAGCGCGCCACUGCCUGUGCGGCUUGCGCAUGCUACACCGUCUGCUACCCCUCUACCGGCGCCGGCUCCGCCGCCCACGUCCGCCGCCCUGCAGACCCUCUGCCAUGCGCUGUGGUGGGUGCGCCGCGAUCGAUUGCCGGUGUCGCUAAGCCUCGUGCGGUACAAGCAGGCGGACACGCAGGCGUUGUGGGCGAUGCUGUCGGAGGCACCUCCGCCACUCCCACAGGAGAGGGCGGGGCUGGUGAUGGCGGAUGGGGGCACGGGGCAACCAUCAUCACCAAUGCACGAGCGAUACGGUCAGGCGACACGCCCACUUGGUGAGCCUCGGGGAAGCUGUGACCCUACUCUGGCGAGCGAGGGCGAUGUCGUAUGCGGCGGCAGCCACAGCGCCGACGCGCGCGGUUUUAGGGCCCCUGUCGAUGACCUGAAUCGUAGUCUCGUGUCUCAUCUGAGUGAAGCGGCAGCGAUGGCUGCCAAUGCCGAAGGGGCGACGGGCAUAACACAAGUCACCACCACAACCAUCGCCUCCAGUGGCUGCGUGCGCCAUGCAGGCUGUUCUGUAGACUUCGACCCUGCACUGACACAACCGAUAUGCUCUCCAAGGGUAUCAAGAGGAGAGGGAGCGGCUGCCAACGACAACGACGACACCCUUGAUUAUCAUCUGGGCAGUCCUACCGACACGGUGCUGCCGUUGCUUGGUGCACCGGCGGCCAUCACGCUUCGCUUCCCUGUAACGCAUCUACACGUGCACGGCAAGGCCGCUGAUGCCGCGAUGGCGACCCUGCUGCCAGCUCACCCGGAGGUGCGCUCGCUACGCCUCACGCACGGCAAUUUGUCUGACGCGCAGCUGCGUCACCUCGCCUGCGUCUGCCCCGGCGUGACGCAUCUUUCGCUGGCCAUGAACAGCCAAAUCCAGACGACCACCUUCUUGUGUCCGCCACUGUCGGACACGUCAUCCGUAUCGACCGCUGUCACCACGGCCGCCACGACGGAGACCUCACGGACGGCGGCCACCGUGGCGGCGACAGCUAUGGGCUCACCUAACCCGGACUUCGUGCAGCAAUUCAGUCGAUUGAAUCAGCGAGGGGUAGACCACACUGCCGUCACCACCACCACCACCAGCAUGGCAGUACCGGCCCUGUCAUCGCUUUCCUCUCGGUCCACGUGUGCGGCGUGUGACUCUGGCGACGACGCCUCGCACGCACGCCUGCGCAGCUUGUGGGGGGCAGCGGCGGCGAGCGACGCGGGGAACGCGCUUGGCACCCGCAGCGAGGGUAGUCAUGCGACGGACGCCUCUCCGGUCCCGUCACCGUCGCAUCCGUCUCACACCCCGUGCUCGGUGCACCACAGCAGUCAGCUUGACCUAUUCGCCUCCGACGAGGAAGGGGAGCUGGAGAUGCGGAUUUCGCUUUGGCAGGCUGCCCAGACGGAGGCGGAGGAGCGGCGGCAGCCUGUCUUCAUUCUGCGUCCGCAGGACGUCGUACUGGGCAGAUAUGGUGGAACAGCAGUCGAAGACGGUGGCGGUUCUGGUGCCUCGAUGAGUGGCGGUGGCAGGGACGCUGCUGCUGGCGCUACUGCCACGACAUCCUCGCGCACGCUGCAGGGCAGCGCCAUCGAGCCGUGGACGCCGUCGCGGCGGUGGUCCUCACUGCACACUGAGGUCACCGCCAUGAGCAGCGUAUCAGCACACGCUAGGUCUGCCCACGUUCUUCGAAAGGCUACAUCAGGGGCUCCACUACUGAGGGCUUCCUCCGCAGCAGUGUCUGGUGCGGUACUCAGCACACAUCGUCUGCCUUCAGCGACACAUGCAUCAGCGUCAGCUCCAAUUCGGACUCACGCAGAUCCUCGACACGACCUGCCGCCGCGGUCGAGCAACACGUUAUACCCAGACCUGACGGUAUCGCCACUGCGGUCCUACGCGCCGACGUUGACUUCCGCCACUGUGGCGGCCUCGUCGUCAUCCCUAUCGCUGCCCACGCCUCACGUCGCUACUGCUGCUGCUGACGAGGCGGGGAGCAGCGUGGCUUCAGCAAAGGGGGUCGAUGUACGUGCCAUUGCCGUGCCAAGCCCACCCGCACCUGCAGCGCCGGUGCAUCCUGGUCCAUCAUCCAGUGGCUGGGCAAUAGAGUCCGCUUUGCCUCCUGAUUCCCCACGCCAUCGCUCUCGCGAGAGUCGCCACCAUCGAAAGGGUCACAGCAGCUCUUCGUCGCGGUCGCGCCCUACGUACUGGGCUGACACCCUGGUCGACCUGGACCUCUCCUAUACGCAGGUGUUUGACGAGGAUGUUGCCCGUGAUCUGCCGCAGCUGCGGUGCUUACAUCGCCUUUCUCUCGAGGGAUGCGGGCGCCUCUCGCAGGUCUCAUGGCUGCCGCUGCUUCUCCAUCUGCGCGAGCUGAACUUGUCUCUGUCCUCCGUGCAAGGACAUGCGCUGCACCCGCUGGGGCGCUGCCCACGGCUGGUGUGGCUGAUGCUUGAGGGGUGCUCCUCAUUCACCGCCGUUCAUCAGCUGUGGAGCAGGGAGGCAGACGCCACCGCAGUCGAUGAGGCGACUGCAGCAGGGAGUGUCGAAGCCGCUCCUCUGCUGACUGCGCUCCGCGUCCUCAUCGCCUCCAGCACAGGUCUGACCGAUGCCGGGCUUCGUUCCCUCAGCAAGAUGGUGGGGCUCGAGUGCUUGGUACUGGACCGGUGCCCUGGGGUAACGGACGUUAGCGUCGCUGCAACGCUGCCGUCUCUGUGCACCCUAGAUGUCAGUCGCACCCGUGUGUCGGCGGAGGGGGUGGCGGGCUUGCGCCUCUCUUGCACACUAAAUAAGCUGCGGAUGCAGGAAUGCCCGGCGUUGUCUCGCCUACCAGUACUCUUGGUUGCGCGCGACAAGAGUGAGGCUUCCACAGCUGGUGGUGGUGUCGGCGAUGAGCCGUCGAGGCUGCAUCAUCCGAAGGCAACAACGACCGGCAUCUCGCAUCGUCUGUUCCACAAGUGCCCACCCUUGGCUGUGCUGGACCUUUCCUACACAAGGCAGCUCACCGCCGACGGGCUGGCAGGGCUUGUGGCUGACGAAGCGACUUUGACGGCGCAAGCUACUGCUGCCGUGGCAGAGCACCUCGCAUGGCGCGAGGUGGUCCCCGACGACCCCGACGGCAUGGACCUUGCCGUGGCUGCAGACGAGCCGUUGCCACCCGCAUUGGUCUUUCCGCAUGUACGCCACGUGUUGCUGCGCUCGUGCGACGCCGUGACGCACAUUCGUCCACUGCGCGGCUUCACGAACGUUGUAGAGCUUGAUCUCUACCACACCAACGUCACGGAGGCUGCUCUGACGGCUGCACUGGCGUCGUGGACGGCUCUGGAGGUGCUCAACAUCGCGAGUACGCGAGUGCGUUCGUUGGCCGCGUGGUGCCCGUACGAGCCAAGCGAGACUGUGGGGACUGCUGCAGCGGUCGCCAGGCGGGGUGGGGAUGGUGAGAGAGCGGAAGACGACGGCGACCUGCAGGCGGUGCCACCACCACUGCCGUGGCACGGCCGACUCCCCGCCUUUGCAGCCACACUGCGCACACUCGCGCUUUCAAACACCGACAUUACAGCCGCGGGCCUCGCGGCGUUGGCAUUCUUUCCUCAGCUGGAGGUACUGCAGCUGGCAAGCUGUCGUCGACUGUCGUCCUUGCGAUUCCUGGCGCUGGCUGCUGACGGUGCAGCGCGGCGCUCGACCCUGACUGAGCUUACCGUCACUGAGGCGACGCACCUCACGAACGACGAAGCGUUCCCAUAUAUCAUGUUCUGCCCUGCCCUCCGCUUUCUCUCGCUGGUGGGGUGCGUGCAGCUAGGCAGUGGCGGUAAUCCACCAGGAGCGAGAGACUCGCAGCACAAACACUUGUUGUCUUGUACUGAUGACGACGUCGGCGUCCUUGGCUGUCUGCGAGGGUUGGCAGAGCUGAACCUGUCCAAUACUGGAGUUGAUCUUCUUGAUCUGAAGUGCAUGCUGCGCGCGUCGACGUCGCCGAGUUCACUGACAGCGACCGCAGCGCAACAGCACCAGCAUCUCUCUCAACAUGUGUCCUUGUCGCUGCAGCGCCUAUGGCUGCGCGGGUGCCACCACCUGGACGAGAACGCACUCAUCUCCACCGCGACCGCAGCGCUGGAGUACGGUGAACCCCCAUGCGACGGAUCCCGCAGCAGCGGCGGCGGUCCCAUGACGUUUCGGCUGCUGCCCCUCUUGCGCGAGGUGUAUCUCAGCCAUGGCAAGUACGGCGCCGCGGUGCUUUCUAGUCUGCUCAGCUGA